UCCUACAACGGCCCGAACUGUGGGAAAACUUUUAACUUCAGAUCAAUUUUAAGCCGGCACCACUGAAUCCACAGAGAGGAGAGACCCUUCAGGUGUGUGGAGUGUGGGAAGAUCUUUGGUGACCAUUCCACGUUAAGUCAACAGUGUCAGCUCCACAUGGCUGAGAAGCCCUACAAGUGCCUUGAGUGUGGGAAGAGCUUUGGUAGCAGCAGCCAUUGGUUGCGUCACCAACAUGUCCACACUGGGGAAAAACCCUACGUGUGUCCCACGUGCAGGAAGGAGUUUGGGAGUAGAUCAAACCUCACCACUCACCUCCAGGUCCACACAGGGAAACGUCCCUACAAGUGUUCCGACUGUGGGAAGAGCUUUGUUAGAAGAUCUCAUCUCAUCAGGCAUCAGCACAUCCACACGGGAGAGAAGCCCUACCCGUGUCCUGACUGCGGGAAGAGCUUUGCCUGGAACUCUGAUCUCAUCAAGCAUCAGCGCAUCCACACGGGAGAGAAGCCCUACCCGUGUCCUGACUGCGGGAAGAGCUUUGCCUGGAACUCUGAUCUCAUCAAGCAUCAGCGCAUCCACACGGGAGAGAAGCCCUACCCGUGUCCUGACUGUGGGAAGAGGUUUGCUAGAAGCUCUGGGCUCAUCAGGCAUCAACACAUCCACACAGAAGAUAAGCCCUACCCGUCUCCUGACAGGGGGAAGAGCUUUGCCUGGAGCUCUGUGCUCAUCAAGCAUCAGCGCAUCCACACGGGAGAGAAGCCCUACCCGUGUCCUGACUGUGGGAAGAGGUUUGCUAGAAGCUCUGGGCUCAUCAGGCAUCAACACAUCCACACAGAAGAUAAACCCUACCCGUCUCCUGACAGCGGGAAGAGCUUUUCCUGGAGCUCUGUGCUCAUCAAGCAUCAGCGCAUC